UGGGAUGUUAACCCGACGAGAGGCAGGAGCUGAUGGUUUCCAUGGUAAGUGCAGCACCUUAGGUCGGCCACAAACCGUGACGUUUCUGACCGCCGACAGACAGCCGCCCGGCCACCGCAUCGAUCUCCCAAAGAGACCGCUCCUCGCCGUCUCGCUGCUGUUGGGGUUAUCCGGCUUUAUAUUUAUUGGGGCUCCUCUCGUGUGUCAUGGAGAGCAGGAGCGGUAAGGAGCAGGCACCGGAGAGCGGCGCGGUCACUCACGAGAUGCUGAAGUCGAGGACGGGCGAGUUUGACUUGGAGUCCAUUCUGUUCCUGAAGCUCCGGGACGUCGGGCUCCACGAUCUCGGCUGCCUCGGCGAAUGCCUGAACCUGGAGCGUCUAGACCUUUCCGGCAACCACAUCUCCCACCUGGGCCCCUUGUCCUCCCUGAAGCUGAUGGUCGCCCUCAAUUUGUCCUCCAACCGGAUCUCGUCCGUGGAGCCCCUGGCCCUCUGCGACAGCCUGCAGACCCUCAACGUGGCCGGGAACCUCCUGUGUAGCGUCGAGAACCUCUCGUGCUUGAGGGGUCUGCGCAAGCUGGAGAGCCUUCGGCUGCGGGACCCCCUGUACGCUUUGAGUAACCCCCUGUGUAAUAACGCCACCUACAGGCACUCGGUGCUCGACGCCGUCCCCAGCGUCCGGGUCAUCGACGGCGAGAGGGUGGCCGGCUCCGGGAGCGACCUCUACCACCUCUGCAAGGACAUCGAUAACUCGCUGAAGAGGUUUAUCGGCGGCGGGGCGCUGGACGCGCCGGGGGCGGUGAAGCCGUGGGUGGAGGAGGGGUAUUGGGAGCUGAAACCCACCCAGAGCGCCAUCAUGGAAGAGACCUACAAACAAUUUAACGACGUUCUGCAAGAGUGCAAAGAACUGGGCAGGAGAGCGGACGACGCGAUCGCGCAGGCCGAGAGGACCCUCGACGUAAGGCACCAACCCAACUCCUAUGUCUUCUGAGGACUCGUGUGUUGGAGAACUCCCAGCACUCCCAGCUCUGCACGAGUAUUCUAUGUGGCAACUCUCUGUGUCUUUCUAUCCUCCUCUACGGAACCCUCUGUGAAAAAAUAUUACCCUUUAUAAGAAAAUAAAAA